AUGAAAAGCAAGCAAAAGCUUUUGUUGUCGUUGGUUCCUCACAGUUGGAUCUACCUUAGGCGACUUUGCGUGAUAAUACUGAUUGCUGGGAUUGGGUUUGUUGGUCAGUGUAGCUUCGAAUAUAGUUUUCGAGGUGCUCCAGGAGGCACUGGGGAGUCUGAUGUCUCUGAAGUCGCAGAGAGCUUGGCUAUUAGGCAUUUACUUGUUGGAUUCGGUGUCGCAUUCUUUGCAGAACUCUUCAGUGAAAUCCUGGGAAGAAACCCGAUGUGCAUUUCCACGUUAAUACUAUAUAUGGUGUUAGUAGCUGCAUCUGGCCCUGCUUAUGAUAUUGGCGCGCAGCUUGCAUUCCACUUUUUUUUUGACCCUUUAUGCCGAUAUAUGCCCGGCAAUCCACUAACAUGUGCUGGCGGUUCCCUCUCGGAUCCGUGGAACCCAAUAGAAAGGGUUUACGCUCUCUCUGUAUUUGCAAGUUGCGUUCACUGA